UCACUGGCAAAGACAUCAGAUUGGUUGGUGGAAACAGCGAAUUGGAAGGACGAGUAGAAAUAAGUAUUAAUGGCGUUUGGGGAACGAUUUGUUGGGACGGCUGGUUUGACUUUAAUGACGCAGAUGUCCUUUGCAGAAUGCUUCAUACAAAUCUGAGUGCUCUAGACUACUACACAGAUGGACGAUACGGAUACGGUAAUGGUCCAGUAUUUUACCGUACUUUGUCAUGUAAUGGAUUAGAAAAAACAAUCCACAACUGCUCUAGUUCAACAGGUGAAUCGUGUUCUCAUUCGAGCGACGUGGGCUUGAUAUGUACAGGUUGUUCACGUCUGACACAACGUCAUUAUGGAUUGCUCGAACAAGUCAAUGUCACAAGCAGUGGUGACGUAUACACUGGCAGAUGCAGCAACGGGUCCUCUAAUUUCCAGUUCUUAUAUCGAUGUUCACUCAAUGGCACGUGGGAAGAGUAUGGUACACGAUGUGGACCUUUAGUAAAUAAUUCCAAUCAAGUGGAUGGCGCCCGAGUGUAUGACUUCAACGAAAAUGCAGACGAGAAAAGUGACAUGUGGUCGUUUGGCGUGGUCCUCUGGGAAGUGUUUUCUAUGGGAGGGACUCCGUACGAGAACGUGAGAAGCCGAGAUCUGCCAGACACACUGAAGGAUAAUGGUCGUCUGCAGAAACCGGAACAGUAUGGUGACGUGUUCGUACAUUGACUGCAUACGUGCUAUAUGUACUUAUAGUAAUGUUUAAUUUUACGUUCUUUUAUUUAAUGGCGUGGUCAGGCAGGUCACAUGAUGACUAUAUGACUUGCUUUCUGAUUUUAUAGCUGGUUGUCAAGAACAUAAGGUGACAUAAAGUGUCAUAAAUGUAACAUGGAGCAAACGCACAUUGACGAUUACACGCUCUGUGCACAGUAGGGUAUCCCGUCAUAUAAUGUCUGCUGUUUUAAUAAUUUGCCAUGAUGGUUUCCUAUGCUUUGCUCACUUUUUUUGCCAUUCUCUGCAUUUCCUUUACCCUGUUCUUCCGGUUGCGGUCCGAAGCCGUAAAUAUUCACCUCGUUCAAGAAGGUCAGCAGGAUGUUUCGUGCCACCAGGCGCCCGUGAUUCAAAUUCGGGCAUGUUAUUAAAUUAGUGCUUAUAAAUAUACAGUCUACUCUCUUUAUCUCGAAGUCGGCGGGAACAAUAAAACAUAUCGAUAUAACGAGAGUUUGUGAUAUCCGAUUAGGCGUUUUCAAGAAAAAAUUAGACGAUAAUUUACCUUGUUUUUAACCUCUAAAUACCUGCUAAGUGGUCUAACUAAAGCUGUCACCGUGUGGCAUAAUACUCUCAACUACCCUAUCUAUUACCUGAUAGCGUUUGUACGAGGCAUGAUUAAAUUUGCUAUUUAAAUGCUUAAAAUGACGUUUUUGGUGUUACAGAAUCGCAUGAACACAUGCGGUUAUCAUUGUUUUAAACUGUCGAGUAAACAUCCGGCAAUGUUGCUAUUUAAAGUUAUGAUGCAAUUGACGUCCAAUCAAGACGAGCUUUUCCAUCUGAACAUGCUUAAAUCACGUUCUGGAAUACGGAACUGUACAUGUACAUUUUGUAGUUUGAAAUGCAAGUUAAAUGGAUUAGAUUUUCAAGUUAGCCAUGUUAAGGGCUGUUGGAGAUCAAAAUGAACAACAUUCUGCAAAUUUGCGACGAUUUAUAUACGCAAAACUAUAACUCAAUGCAAUUUGGAAUGUUGCUUGUAAAACAAUUAGUCUUUCGGCCUUUCGGCAGGCUGUGUAUUAAUUGCAGUAAAUUGCAGUUAAAGAGACAGCUAAAGUGACACGCCUUACACAAGUGUUAAUGGAUAACGACAUUAUACACAUUUGGUCAUUGAUGCAAUCAACGGAUCAAUUAUCUACCGCACAUUAUUGGGAGCAGCCGGGCGAAGUGGGACGGUGACGUAUCAAAUAACUUGUUUUCACCUUUGCCGACACCGGGACAGUUAUUCGCACUUCGAGAUAAACCACAGUAUAUACAUGUAAAAUCGGGACCCAGGACAAAAAUUUUAAUCGAGAUAUCGAAUUAUUCGACAUAACGAAAAUCGAGAAAUGCGAUAUUUAUUAGUAUAAUUAAAUAAGGAAAAAAGUUGGGACAUUGAGCUUACCUCGACAUAUCGACAAAAUUGAGAUAUCCGAUGUCGAGUUAACGAGAGUAGACUGUAUUUACUAAUUUUCCAGUUUCUCGAAUCGGGUCACACAAGGUAGCGAUAAUGCUGCAUGACAAAAGAAAACCAAAUCAUUGACUCAUAAACGAAAAGUCCUUCCACUUUGAUUACAGACUUAAAACAACUGCUUCAAAAUUAACAAACCGGGUACGUUUGUUUCACCUGAAUUUCACGUCUUACUUUUUUGCCGGUUGGAAGAUUUCGUGAUUAUAUUUUGUUUAAUCUUGUGUAUGGGUCUAAUUGUAACGUAUACGCUACGGCGCAAUUAUAUAACUGCCUAUCGUUGGUUUCACACGCGGUAUGAAUAGGUGACAAUACUAACACUAUUCGGUUUGAUAUUAGUAUUUCAAGCAUGGUAUGCGAACAACAUUAACGACACGUGUAUUUUUGUUUUUUGAUAAAUCAGAUGGUACUAUUUGAUGACCAAGUGCUGGGCUGUUCCAGUUAAAAUGAACUGUUGCGUUGUUUAUGGGGUGUUACACGAGAUGGCAUGUACAUUUACAUUUGUAAAGGAAAACACAUGCACGCGGUUGAGAAGUUUAUUUUUUGUUACGAUUAUUAUACAUUGUAUUUUAUAUUAUACAUACAGUAGUCCUUUCAACGAACAUUUGUGUAAUGAGUAAACCGUUUAAAUUAUACUUAAACAUUAGAGCUUUUCAAAGUACGCAUUGUUAAGUUUUAUGAAACAUUGGCGAGAUGCUUUGGGUUGUGUAAUUGUGUACUUAGAUGUAGAAUAAGUGACUAUGUCCUUCCUUCAAUUAAUUGUGUUAUUCAAUGUAAACACUACUGUAACCUUGUGUGUUAUCUUAAACUACUUUACAUUAAAUGCCUCACAUGAAUUGUAUUUACACUGUAUUAAAAUAUGUACUACUUUAUUGACGCUGUUUUACUUAUAUGUUAUUAAAAAAACAAAUCACGAAGUGCUGAUAUAUGUUUAAAAAUAAAACCAGAGAAGCUCUCAUUAAUGUAUGUAUAUGUUUAUA